AUGGCAGUGACAAAGAAGAAACGUUCCCAAUAUUCUAAAAAACAACAUCAGCAACAUUUGCAGGAAGCCAAAUACAACUUCUUAAAUCAAAGAUUAUUGCCUGAAAAUAUUUCAACUAUUAUUCAUGAUGAAAGUGAUACAAUCUCGUAUCGUUCUUACCUUUUAAAAAACUUUAAUUCAAUGUCAAGGAAUAUAUCAGUAUUGUUGUUGAAUAAUAAUAAAGAAAUAAUUAAGCCAAAUUUAAAAUUUAACACUUCUUUGAUUAAUAAAGAUUAUUUGGCAAAACAAAAACUUGAAUUAGAAAAAAUUAAUGAAAAAUUAAAUGAUGAGGGAAAUGAUAUCAAUAUGGUUAAUGAAUCAUUAAAAGACUUCUACAAUAAACAAUUAUACAAACUAAAUGAAAUUAAUCUAUUACCAAGUGAUAGCAAUGAUGAUAAUAUCAAUUCAGUGUUAAAUUCAUAUUUGGAAAAAUUUAAUUUUAAAUCACAAGAUAAUAAUAUUAAAUUCUAUCCAAAGGAAAAAUUUAAUCACUUCAAAAACGAUACAAAUGAGGCACCUGCAGACUAUUGGACAAAUCUCUAUAAAUCGAAAAAAGAGGAACAGAAGAAAAAAGAUUUGGAAGCUUUACGCUUACAAGAAGAACAGAAACGCAGAGAAGAUGAAUUGAAAAGAAUCCAAAAAGAAGAAUUGGAACAAAAACAAAGAGAAGAAGAAGCACAGAAAAAAUUACAUCAACAACAACAGGAAGUACAGAAACAAACUUUACUUGAAGAACAACAAAAACAACAACAAAUGCAACAACAAAAACAACAACAAAUGCAAGAUGAUCAAAGACAACAAGAAAAUCAAAAUCAAAAUCAUUCAACAUCUAUAUCACCUUUGGUACCUACCAAUGUCCCUCAACAACCUUCAAUGCCAUCACAAAUUAUGGCUCAAGCUCAAUUGCCGGAUCAAGAUUCUAUUGCUGGACAACAGAAAGUAGGUAUACAAAUUGAAAGUAAAGAUAUUCAACAGCAAGAUUCACAACUUGAUCAAAAUUCAAUACAAUUGAAUGAUGAUAAUUUGUUAACUGUUGAUAAAAAUGAGGAUAACUCACAAUCACAAAAUGAUAAUUUGGAUCCAAUGUUUGCAGACUUUGGUAAUGAACCUUUUACUACAGAAUUUGAUGAAGAAUUUGGUGAUCUGGAUGCAGCCUUUUUCUAA